AAAGCGCCGCCGUCCACUCUUUCCGCACAGUGCACAGCCUCUCUGAUCCAGCCAGACGCGACUCCCCACCAUGUCCCGUUCCACUUUUGUUGUCCUCGCCGCCGUGCUGGCGCUGGCCGCCGCGGAGAACCGCCUGCUCUCGCAGCUGGACAACAUCAACGUGGACGAGGUGCUGGCAGACCCGGCCAGGGUGGACGCCGCCGUCAACUGCUUCCUCAGCGACGCCGACCAGGACUGCAACGUCCGCUCCAAAGUCGUGAAAAGCCUGAUUGCCGAGAUGGUGAAAACCAACUGCGGCGAGUGUUCAGAAGGGCAGAAGGCCGGUGUCGCCAAAUUUCUGGGGUUCAUCUCGAAGAAUAAGCCAGAAGAGAUGAAGCAGCUGCUCACCAAAUACGACCCCAACGGUGAGGCUCUCGCCAAGUAAGGCGACAGCUGGAGGCAGAAGGGCAUCAGUGUGUGAUGAAGACGUCUCUCACCCACACCGUAGGAGAGAACACUCAUUACUCUUUACUUUCUGUGAAUCGUUGUAUGUAAAAUAAAUCGAAAUUCUACAUUAUGAUUGUAAACCCUUUCUGCUGUAACCGUACCUGUGGUCAAUAAAUUCAAAAGCAGUGUUUGGUAAA